GCGCCGCUGCCGCUGCUGCUCCGCUCGGUUCCGUCUCCUGGGCAGCGGCGGGACCGGCGGCCGCGGCGGCGGAGGGACGGGAGCUGGGAGCCGCGGUCCGCAGAGUUGGGCAGGGGAGCACCCGCGCCUCCGCGGCGUCAUGGGCCCCCUUCCCGGGCCUCAGCGGGCACCAGCCGCGGGAACCCCCAGGCCUCCUCGCGGCCGAGCCUGAGCGACCCCCGGGUUCUCAGGCACUCGCUCCCUACUCCCUAUUUUUUCUUCCUUUCGCCACCGUUACCGCUUGUGCACACGGUUAUGGCAACAGAGCCGCCAUCCCCCCUCCGGCUCGAGGCGCCCGGCGCCCCAGAGAUGCGGACCCCACCGGUGAGCGAUGCCGCCCCCGAAGGCGCCCCGCAACCAGCGGGCGGCAGGCUGCGUUUCCUCAACGGCUGCGUGCCCCUGUCGCAUCAGGUGGCCGGUCACAUGUACGGAAAGGACAAAGUGGGUAUACUGCAACACCCAGAUGGCACAGUUUUGAAACAGUUACAGCCACCUCCAAGGGGCCCGAGAGAGCUGGAAUUUUAUAAUAUGGUAAGUAAGGUUUAUGCUGCUGAUUGUAGUGAUGGUGUUCUUCUAGAGCUUCGAAAGUAUUUGCCAAAAUAUUAUGGCAUCUGGUCACCUCCCACGGCACCAAAUGAUUUAUACCUAAAACUGGAAGAUGUGACCCAUAAAUUUAAUAAGCCCUGUAUAAUGGAUGUAAAGAUUGGGCGAAAAAGCUAUGAUCCUUUUGCCUCAUCCGAGAAGAUUCAGCAACAGGUCAGCAAGUACCCAUUAAUGGAAGAGAUUGGGUUCUUGGUGCUUGGCAUGAGGGUUUAUCAUGUUCAUUCUGAUAGCUAUGAGACACAAAAUCAGCACUAUGGAAGAAGCUUAACAAAAGAAACUAUAAAGGAUGGAGUCUCCAGGUUUUUUCAUAAUGGGUUCUGUCUAAGAAAAGAUGCUAUUGCUGCCAGUAUUCAGAAGAUUGAGAAAAUUCUGCAGUGGUUUGAAAGCCAGAAACAGCUUAGCUUUUAUGCAAGUUCAUUACUAUUUGUUUAUGAAGGUUCAUCUCAGCCAACCACUACAAAAUCAAAUGACAGAACUUUGGCAGAAAAGUUUUUGUCCAAAGGACAAUUGUCAGACACAGAGUUACUGGAGUACAACAAUAACUUUCAUGUGUUAAGUUCCACAGCAAAUGGAAAAAUAGAGGCUUCAGUAGGUAAAAGCUUAUCCAAGAUGUAUGCUCGUCACAGAAAAAUGUAUUCAAAAAAACAUCACAGUCAGACUUCAUUGAAAGUUGAAAAUAUGGAGCAAGACAAUGGGUGGAAAAGCAUGUCACAGGAACAUUUAAAUGGAAAUGUACUUUCCCAACUGGAAAAAGUUUUCUACCAUCUUCCCACUGGUUGCCAAGAGAUUGCGGAAGUAGAAGUGCGAAUGAUAGAUUUUGCUCAUGUGUUUCCUAGCAACACAAUAGAUGAGGGAUAUGUUUAUGGUCUAAAGCAUUUAAUUACUGUACUUCGAAGUAUUUUAGACAAUUGAAUCUUUUGCUGCAGUCUUUUUAAGUGGUGGACAAAUCAUCAUAAAGAGCAGCAGUCAUUAUCUCUGCACCUGUAAUGCUGUGUAAAAACUUUGUAUUGUGAGUCAACAUUUUAUUUGUCUUUAUACUUUUGGUAGAAAGGUUAACUUUUUUAUAAUCUUACUCAGGAAUACUAAUUUGUUCAUUAGAAAACUAUGAAGAAUAAAGAAACAGGAAUGUUAAGCAGGGAAUGUGGUGGUACAUGGCCUGAACAUCUAUUUGGCUCAAGUAAAAUGCAAACCAUUAUUCAGUAAGAGUUUAUUUAGCUUUCUGUAGCCAAUGUAUCAUGAAAUCUGUCCACCCAACCUUGAAAAUGAGCCAUAUCUAACCUAUGACAUAAUUAGAACACCUUCAAAAUCUAGAAAGCACAGGUUGAUAUCCUUAGUAUUGCUAUGUAUGAAGUUAUUAAAACUGGAGAAAAUUCUACUUCAGAAAUAAGUACCAUUUAGGUUUUAUAUUAAAAGUUCAGACCAGCAUAUCAAAAGGUGCUUCUUAGUGAAAUGAUUUAGAAUUGUUGCAUUCCAAAAGCAGGUUUUCCAUUUAAUUUCCAUUUAUCUAUGUAAUACAAAAUAUUAUACUUUGUGAAAUACACAACAUAAAUGGACAACAACAGCAACAACAACAAAUAUCUUGAAAUUAAAGGCACUGAUGAUUUUUACCAGGGUCAGAAGAGAGAAAUUAUUUGCAAGAAACAAAAUUUUUUCUUUAAAAUUCUUUUAUUGCAAGUUCUUUUGUGGCAAAAAUGGAAUCUAUAUUUACUACAAUGUGAGAAGACAUUACAUGAUAUGUAGGUAUACAUAUAAUACUUUUUCUCAAACAGAGGCUUCAAAAAGGUGAAUGAUUGAAAUUUUAUUUUUCCUCUAAACAAUAUUUUAGAGUGUUUUGCUUUUAAAAUUCAUGUAUUUGUGGUCCCACUUAGUUAAGCAGUGGUAUAAACGUUUGUUGCUAAAUAUAGUGUUUCUCAGAAUUUGGUUAAGCAGUGAAAAACAGCAUCUGAUCGUGUAAGUGUUUUUAAAAAUACUGUGUGUAAAUUAGUACAUUGUACAGGGUUUGGCACAUAUCUAAAUCUGUGCUUCUGUUUCACUAUUAUUCGUAACAGCUUUAGAUCAUAUCAAAAGAGAAACUAAUUUUAUUGGGGGCAGAGGCAAAAACAGAUUUGUAAAUAUUACCUUUGUUUUACACACACACCACGUUUUAAAAAAUAACUAGGUAAUUUUCAUUGAAAACUUGUAAGACUUUAAAAUUAAAUUUGAAAAUAAUUUGAUGUUAAUGCUUUCAAAGCACUUUGAUUCAUUAGUAAUAUAUCUAAGUAGUUGAGCAGUUUUACCAUAUUCCUGGAACACAUUUUGAAGUUAUGAUUUAAGAUCUUUUCCUCCUCUUUUUACCUCAGAAUCACAAUUUAAACUUUUAAAUCCAAGUGCCAUUUUUAUGUGGUAUGGAGGAAAUUUUGUUUCUUAGCUUCCCAACUCUCACUGAGGGUACUUUGCAAAUAUCUGAGUCCAAACAAAGUCACCAGAUAAAUUUCUAUGAAUACUGUACUUAGCAAAUCUUUUAAACUGGCAUAACUUUAUAUGCAUUUUGUUAUUUUUAUUUAGAAUUAGUGUAAAAUAUUUUUCCUUGGGAUGUAAUGUUUUUCUGUAUUCCCAAGUGGGUAUUGGCCAUACGUUUUUGUGGGAAUGAAAUUCAAGUCUUAAUUAAUAAGAAACUUUUUUUAGUUUUACUCGUUUUUUCCUUCAAUAUGGACUUUUGUUGUUGUUGUUGUUGUUGUUAGAUAGUGUUAAGCUCAUAUAAAUGAACACUAUGUUGAAUCUUCAGAGGAUUUUUGUAUGGGAUUGUGUCAGCCUAUGUACAUUAAAUUUAAUAAAUUUAAGUAUUAUCAGAUUAUUUGCACAUUUUAGUUCAAUAAAGUCUGAAUCAUCUGUUCUAGAUUUUCUUUAUCUGUAUUUGGAAAUAGAGUUUUGUAAAGUCAAUGUCUUGCCUUUCUGAUAAAAUAGAUCAUGUUUUGUUUUAAUAAAACAAGAAGUGCUUUUAUCUUUGUUUUUCAGGGAAGGGAUUAACAUUUAAUUCUUUUUGUUUACAUUUUUUUAUCACUGUUACCCAAUGAUCAUUUUAUGUUAUUACUUUAUAAGUAAGCUUGUAUGUAACAGAAUAAGUAUCUGUUUCUGUAAUCUACAUGUGACUAUUAUCUAGUCCUGUUUUAAGAUUAUGCGGAAGUAUGCCACUGUGGGGAUGAAUGAUCACUAUUCAGCAAACAUGUUUGAACAUGUAAAUGUUUAAGAAAUAAGCAAAUUAAUGAUAUGGUUUGGGUUAAUAGGAUUAUUAAUUUUUUCUCCCCUAGGAAACAUAAAUAAUAAUGUUAGUGUAUUUCUUAUGAAAUGCACUCAUAUAAAGGACUUUUAAGAAAUUGUGGAUGUGAAUACAUUUCUCAAAUGAAAUUAAAUUGUAAAAUAGUUUUAUAAUAAAGUAUUUACAUUAAUUGAUAUUUUAAUAUGGAUGGAAGUUGCAUAGAUUGAAAUAAAUUAAAAUCCACGAUAAAUGAUACAUAUUUUAUCUAAAUAGUUUUUCAAGAAAUAAUUAUGAAAAUGUGUAUAUUAAAUGGCUCUAACAUGGAGCUUGUAUUUCAAAUUGGUAUUCAUGAUUCUUUGUUUUAUAUGUCUGGAAAGAUUGUACUUAUUAUGCCUCUUUACACUACAAUUUGCUACUGUGGGCCUCAAGACUGUUCUACUGAAUUAGAUAACUUUUAAAGAAUUUUGGAUUAAGUAUAAUUUAGUAUUUAUGAUUUCCAAGAUAUUCUUAUCAUGUCUGUAAAGUCUCUACCAAAUUAUAAUAUUUGAAAAGGAAUUAAUUUCCAUAGUUCUUUGAGUUGUAGUUUUCUUGCUUCAGGAACCUGGAAACACAUUUUUAAUUUUAUUUUUUAAGGAUAUUGAAAUAUUAUAGGAUAAACAAACUAGAACAAUGAAAUAAUUUUAUCAUGAAAUUACAGAAAUCAUGUCCACUAUUUUAAAGCAUUGUCAUCUUUUUAGAACCAUUUUAUCUUAGAGUUGACAUUUAAACUUGAUUUGCUUUAAAAAUUGUUUACAGUGCUUUGUAAUUUUAUUCCUUAUCCAGUGCCUUUAACCUUGAUUUGGUAUAUUUGUAGCUUCAGUUUUCCUUUCUAUUGUAUCUUAUAAUGUCUUUAAUAGCCCAGGAGGCAUCAAUCUCUUCUUAAAAAAUUGUCAGUUUGAUUAUCUGAAGAUGUAGUAAUUACUCAUUAAUAUUUUGGGAAACAAAUACAGUUUCCUUUGGAGGCCAGGCUUCUUAGUUUAUUCAAAAACAUCGGAUGUAUCGGAUGAAUAAUGUGUGCCAAGCAUUUGUAAUCCCUACUCCUAGUAUACAGUUUGAACUAAUCAGACAAGGCCCUAACUAUUUUAAGCAUCCUGUCUAGGCCAAGUGGGUUAGGAACUCAGUUUAAAUAGAGAUAGAGAAAAAUGCAUUUAAAGAUAACUAGCAUUUGAGUUAGUGUAAUGAUUAAUAAGUACUGAAUUAAGGUGAGGCAACUAACCAUUACAAAGUUUAGGUAUUUUGCAGCUUUGUAAACUUCAUUUGACUCUUGAGUUUGGGUAGUAGCUAUUGAUAGUGUAAAAAAGCCUUAAUUUUUCAAUAUUCUUGGUGGUAAAGGUACGUUUACUUAGACUGUCCAUUUAGAGUAGUGUUUAACAUAACAUUACUGUGAGAAAAACAUUCCAUUACAUAUUCAUAAGCACAUUAACUGCACAUUUUAAAAUUGUAUUUUACAGUUUAGUACAAGUAAUUUUAGGCCUCAAUCUUAAAUCACUGGUAUUUAAAAUUUGGCAGUAGGGGGUUGUAGUGGCUCAUGCUAUAGUCCCAGAGACUUUGGAGGCUGUGGAUUAUAAAUUUAAGGCCACCCCCAGGCAAUAUAGGGAGACCCUAUCUCAAAAAGUCUGGGGAUAUGUAGCUCAGUGGUAGAGCACUCCUGAGUUCAAUCCCCAGUACUACCAAAAAAAAAAAAAAAUUAUGAAAUUAACGUUUUGACUCAGUGAUUUUAUUGAAAUUUUAAAUAGUUCAGGAAAAUUGUUAGUAUUUCAGGGAAAGUAGAGUCAUCAUCAUUUUUUGUUAAUGUUUUAAAUUCUUAUUGCUUAAUUUGAUGGAUUCUAGUAAGAGGAAAAGGUACUCAUGCAAUUAAACAAAUUGGCAUGUACUUUCAAGAAUUGUUUUGUUUUUAAUGUCAUCAUUGGGGUUAAAUUUUGGCCUGGUGUUCACCUAAAAUAUAAACAGUGUAAUUAUAAAGUGAAAUAAUCUUAAGUAUGAUGUAUGAUACACCUGCAUAUAAAUGAAAAUGGAGUGCACACAGACACUUUACUAUGGGAACUGUACUGGAAGAUUUAUGAAAGCAUGUGAAAUUGCACCUAAAAUUGUGUUAUUAGUGACUAUAAGCAGCAAUGCUAAAUUUCUUGUACUUGAUGAAUGAAUGUACUUAGUCACAGUAACUUUGGUUUAAAUGUCUAAGUAAUGUCUUUAGUUUUUUUUUUUUUUCUUUUUUUUAGUGUGUUUGUAAUUUGUACUAUUGAUGGGGGUUAUUCUUGGACUGCAGGGGUUAUUGUCAAUGUGUGAUUUGUGUUUUUGUUUUAUAGAAUCAUCUAAUGUGAUAUACCAAUUUUUAUAAGUGAUAUUUAGAUAAUCCUAAUAACUGUGUAUAUUUGACAACCUAUUAAAAUGUUUUGCAUUGGA